GAGUGGACCGUAUACACACACACACACACACACACACACACGCACGCGCGCGCUCGCUCGCUCGCUGUGCGGAGACCGCGGUCUGUUUACGGUGCGUGUUGAGCUGCGGGGCUGAGCUGGACUGUAAGCGGACUGGGACUCCUGAACUCGGCGAACUCUGAAUGGAUACAGGAGGUACUUGUAGCGCGGUUCCUCCGGCUUCAGCGCGCUGAGCGACUCCGCUGGAUCCGCUGUGUUUCUGCUCGGUAGGCUACAUGGAGUCUCGCGCUCUCUGUUACAGUAGCGCGGAGUUUUUACUGCUGUUAAACUCCAUUUCGGAUCGAUCCAGUACUUGAUUAAGUUCUGCCAAAGUUCGGAAAUGGAUUAUUGCAACUUAUUUCGGUCGAAGAGCCCACCAUGCUGCGGAGAACCAGCAGACCCACACCAAGGUACCUAUUGACUGGAACUGUUGUUGUUUUGGAAUGGGCUUAGCUGGGUUAGCAGAAAGCGCGAGCCAGCCGCGAAACCAGUUUCCUCAAGGGAGAGACUUUUUAGUGUUAGUUAAACAGACGUAGGCUACUUUUUUCUUUUAUUUUCCCCCGUUUUUGAUCGUGUUCGUGCAAAAAAAAAGAAAAGACAAAAACCCAAACAGUCCUUAAAGACUUAAAGCCAGCAUUUGUUUUUGUAAAGAUGGCAAGUCCCUCUGCAGAGCAGGGAUGUUUCUCAGACGUGAGAAAGGUGGGUUAUUUAAGGAAACCGAAAAGCAUGCACAAAAGGUUUUUUGUCCUGCGGGCGGCGAGCUCUGCUGGACCUUCCCGGCUGGAGUACUACGAGAACGAGAAGAAAUGGAGACACAAGUCUGGGGCUCCUAAAAGGUCAAUUCCACUUGAGAACUGCUUCAACAUAAACAAAAGAGCGGAUUCCAAAAACAAAUACCUUGUAGCGCUCUACACCAAGGACGAGUACUUCGCAAUCGCUGCAGACAACGAGCUGGAGCAGGACACAUGGUAUCAGGCCCUUGUAGACCUUCACAACAGAGGUAAGGUCCAUGAAAGCGCCGGGAGCAACAAAACCGGAAUUGGGGAGGAUAAUUAUUGUGAAAUUACACCGGGUCCUGCCUUCAAAGAAGUGUGGCAGGUUAUAUUGAAACCAAAGGGACUUGGGCAGACAAAAAACCUGACUGGGGUUUACAGAUUAUGUCUAACCAACAAGACUUUGGGCUUUGUAAAACUAAAUUCAGAUGCAGCAGCAGUGGUGCUUCAGCUAAUGAACAUUCGAAGAUGUGGCCACUCUGAAAAUUUCUUCUUUAUAGAAGUUGGCCGGUCUGCAGUGACUGGGCCAGGUGAGUUCUGGAUGCAGGUGGACGACUCUGUUGUGGCUCAGAACAUGCACGAAACCAUUUUAGAAGCAAUGAAAGCAAUGAGUGAAGAGUUUCGACCACGCAGCAAAAGCCAGUCCUCGUCAAACUGCUCCAACCCCAUUUCUGUGCCAGUCAGGACAAGGCAUCAUCACAACAACCCUCCCCCGAGCCAGGUCGGGCUGGGAAGGCGCUCCAGGGCUGAAAGUGUGACCGCCAUCUCUCCUGCAGGCGCAAGCAAACACAGCCAGUCAUUCAGAGUGAGAGCAUCCAGUGAUGGAGAGGGUACCAUGUCAAGACCUGCAUCUGUAGAUGGGAGCCCGAGUAGCCCAUGCACCGCAAGACCUCAUUCUCAGAGGCAUAGAGGUGGAUCCAGGUUGCAUCCACCAUUAAACCAUAGCAGAUCCAUUCCCAUGCCCUCAUCACGAUGCUCCCCAUCAGCUGUCAGCCCAGUCAGCCUGUCUUCCAGCAGCACCAGUGGACAUGGGUCUACCUCCGACUGCCUUUUCCCCAGACGCUCCAGUGCCUCGAUCUCAGGAUCACCCAGCGACGGGGGCUUCAUCUCUUCUGACGAAUAUGGUUCCAGUCCGUGCGAUUUUCGGAGCUCGUUUCGCAGCGUAACCCCUGAUUCACUUGGACAUACACCUCCAGCCAAGGAGGAGGAGCUGAACAACUAUAUCUGCAUGGCCAAACCUGGUUCACUGACUAGCAAUGGGAGCCAGUCGAGGAGUCAUUCCAGAGGUACACCAAAUCGCCUGGAUGAACCAGAGCUGGAGAAAUGUUUCAGAAAAAGAACUCAUUCUUCUGGCACAUCACCCCCAACAUUAAGCCACCAGAAAACAACUUUGCAAUCAUCUGCUGCUUCGCUGGACGAAUACACAGUCAUGACUCCUGCUUAUUCACAUAGCCGAUCUGCAUCCUCCUCCUCGUCAUCUUCAACAUAUAGGAGCUCUUUCAUGCCCACACGCUUGUAUCCAGAAGAAAGUUUGGAAAUGCAACCAGCAGAAGGCAGCAAUGGGUCAAGUCACAAAGAUGAAGGUUACAUGCCGAUGUCACCAGGUGUAGCUCCGUCUGUGGUAAUGGGAAAGACUGGUGACUAUAUGCCCAUGAGUCCCAAAAGCGUAUCAGCCCCACAGCAGAUUGUCAACCCACGACAGCAUUCGCGAGUCGACACAAACGGCUACAUGAUGAUGUCCCCAAGUGGUAGCUGUUCGCCAGAUGUUUCAUCAAACUACAGAAAGAUUUGGAGCAAUGGUGUUAACCCCAAGCUCUCAGUUGAGAGCACUGAGGAGAAAGUGUCCUGUGGAGACUACAUAAACAUGUCUCCUGCUAGCUGCUCCACCAUCGGAACUCCUCCGGACUGCUACUUCAAUCCUGUUGAUGAGCCAUCCAGGCCAGCCUAUGCAUACUUCUCCUUGCCUCGCUCCUUUAAACACGCCAACAGGAAACAGGACCAGAGUCCGUUACGGGUGUCGCUUGGCACUAGUCGCUUGGCUUGCACAGAAUCUUCCUCGUCUUCAGCUAGCAGUGACAGUCUGGGUGGGCAGUGCAGUUCACACCCACCUGCUGUCAGGCCCAAAAGGUCAGAGGUCAGCUCUAGACUGGCACGACCAACGAGGCUGUCCCUGGAUGCUAACAAAGCCAGCACACUUCCACGAAUGCGCGAAAGCCCGUUUCCUCCUGAGCCUAAAAGUCCUGGAGAGUAUGUCAACAUUGAAUUUAACGACAAGGCAUUUUCAGCAAGCUUGGCUUCCUUAUUUUCACCAGUAUUUACUGGCAAUGGAAAUGAUAUCCAAUCUGUGCAGUCAUCCACUGACUACAUGAACAUACAACUGGGUUCAACAAGCUCGCUCUCAAGCUCCAGAAUACCAUCGUCCUGUUCUGACUAUGCAGUAAUUGCUCCAUCAGAGACUUCUGCUUCUCAGCCUCUGCCUUGUGAAAGCAUUUGUGAACGUGACUAUAUCAGCAUGCAACUCGCCGUGUCUUGUUCAGGCUAUCCUAAUUCCCAGAUGAUGCUCAUGCACUCUUCCUUACCAGACUCGGAUGCCCCUCACUGCUCAGAUUCACCCAAUGAUGGCAUCUUAACCCUCAGUGCAGGUCCUGGUAGGCCUGGUCUUGGUCCUCUGACGGGUCUCAGCGCUUUCACCAGAAUAAAUUCCAUUCCUGCCCGGGACCAGGGUGCUAAAGUGAUCCGGGCCGACCCACAAGGCAGGAGACGGCACAGCUCUGAGACGUUUGCCUCCACAACGACCAAAGGGGCGGUAGGCACAACAGCGGGCAUUCAGUCUGAAGAUGUCAAGCGCCACAGCUCUGCCUCGUUUGAGAACGUUUGGCUAAAGCCUGUUGAGGCUGCUGUUACAACAACUACUACUACUUUUGCUUCUUCCUCUCCAGCUGCCAGCACAUCAAGUGGACCGAGAGAAACAUCAACAGCUGCCACCUUGGCCCAGCAGAAAAAUAAUGGGCUGAACUACAUCGAUCUGGAUCUGGCACAGAAUCGACUGCAGGCUGUUCCGGACUGGAGCUUGUUCCAGGCCCGACAGGCGGAGCUGGAUGCAACAGGAGGAGCGGAGGAACUUAGUGCCUAUGCCAGUAUCAGCUUCCAGAAAGCAGAUGAGACCAGAGGAAACCUCACUCACAGAGAAGUGCGUGUCAUCCUGCCCUGGGCACAGCACUGGUACUGCUGCAGUUCGGGCUGCAGAGGGGCUUGGCAGGACUAAACCAGAAGACACUAAGAAGAAUCCGGUGUGGGAUUACUGGACUGACCUAAUAGCCGACACACACAGAGCCAGCAGACCAGCCUACACAGCAAAGCUGCAGCUUUUACAGCAAAAGCUAAAUCCCAAAUUCUGAUAUUGAACACAGAGAGUACAGCGCACACAACAAUAAUGCCCCACAUAGCUCUCAACAAAUUAUACUUUAUUACUCAACCCUUUAAGACACAUACAGAUAAUUUAUUUCAAAAUGUCAGGUUUACUGAUCUGGAUAAAUUAUAAUCCAUGAAACUAAAUCAGAUUAGGGUUGUGAUUGUUUAGCUGCAGAUUAAAGGUCAUUUCUGAAGUGGUGUAUCUGAGUGCAGUAAGUGUUGUUAUUAUAAAUCACUGGGUUUUUAUUUAAUAACAGGACCAGCUGAUGAGUUCUCAUUUCUUGAGUUCUGUGCGGGUUAGUUUAUUUUUUUUGUUUUAAUUAUUGUUGUUUAUUUCCAGGUAUUUAAAAUCUGGAUCUGAUACACAGGCCAGAAGAUAGCACCUUUUGUCUGAACCCACACAUUUUUCUUGUCAGCAAAAGUACUGAAACAUGUGACUAACAGGUGUGUUUUGUUGCCCAGGUGUGUCCUGAUACAUUAAUUAUUCAAACAGUAAACAGCGCUCAGUUUUAAGUUUGGGUUUUAUCUGUGCAGAUUGUGCAUUUAUAGCAAGAGGAGUAACCAACAUGAAAACCAGAGAGCUGUCUAUGGGUGAAAAACAAGCAACUGAAGCUGAGAGAAGAUGGAAAGUCGCACAAGUAUUGUUCUUAGCCAGAUUCAAAUAUCCUGAAGAAGAAUGUCAUCACUGGUGUACUAAAUAAUAAGUGAUGAACAGGUAGACCAAGGAAAACCAAAGCAGCUGAUGACAGAAACAUUGUAGUGCUGUAAAGAAAGACCCUAAAACAGCUGUUAGUGACAUCAGCAACAACUUUCAGAGGACAAAUUGUGAACGCAUCACAAUUUACUGUAUACAAAACACUUCACGAACAAAAGUACAGAAGCUUUAACAGAAGAUGAAAACCACUAUUAACAAGGUGAAUAGUAAUGCCAGGCUGAAAUUUACAGAGUACAGAGAAAAGCCUGUGGACGGAUUAUGAACUGAUGAGACAAAUAUUAACCUUUACCAGUGUGAUGAAAAGGCUAAAAUGUGGAGAAAGAAAGGAUCUGCACGUGAUUCACAUUUAAAGAAAGAUGAAACCAAACCGACUGGGAGAUCCUUAAUUAUGCAGCAAGACAAUGACCCAAAACCUAGUGAAAUACUUUUGCUUACAAGAAAAAUUGGUGGGUUCAGACAGAAGAUGCUAUCUUCCGAACUGUGUAUCAGAUCCAGAUGUAGAAAGUUAAAAAUAAAAACUGAAACGUUCAUCUUUUGUCUCAUAUUAAUUUUUUAAUGUAUUUUUUAAAGUGUUUUCAGUCUACAGCAGAAAUAAUGAGAUCAUCCUGAGUCUUCUCAGAAUCUCAGAAAAAAAAAUAUUGCACACCACUAGAGGGAGUCCAAAGAGUUAUUUUUGUUAAAAAAAAAAUAAAGUGUAGUUGUAAAUUGUUUUUUAUACAGUAAAUAGGUUUUUGACAUAAAAGGUGCUGCAUUUCUACUACUGUGAGAUGAUACUUUAAACGUUUUAAAUGUUUAUAACUUGAGUUUAAAAAGUUUUAAAAGUGUCUGUGGUACUAAAACAUUUGUAUUGUUAUGUGUUAAAGAAAUAAUAAGAAAACAAAUAAGAAAUAAACAAAUUUCAGUAUAAAACAGUGUGGUAUAUGAUAUAUUAAUUUUGGGAGUAGACAUGAUUUUGGGUUGGUGAUGGAUGGGUAGAAAGAGGUUCUAUUAAAAAUAAUAGCAGCUUAUUAAUGGGGGAAAAAGCUAAUGAAUGUGAACUAGUUCAAUUUUGGAACUCUGAACUUUCAGAAUUGAAUUGAAAUGGAAUCAGGUGCUCAGUGAAAGUAUAAAAACAUGAAAACCACUGAUGUGAGAUGUAAGAGGUGUGUAAUAUUGAUCUGAUGUCACUGAUUUCAGCAGCUGGGUGGGAUAGACUACUGUAACAGGUAAAGCAGAGCUGUAUGGAUUUUGUGGUGGACCAGAAACACUUUAGUGACCCCUCCUCCUCUACACACACACAUGUUUAUUCAUAAUUGCAUGUUAAUGUUGCCUGAUAAAACUGACAAAUAUUAAAGUAAAACUCCAGUGUAAAAUGUACUUAGGGUUGAAGUGCAGCAUGAUAGCAAGUACAAACUUUUGUUAAAUAGUCCACCUUCAUUUACCUCCAGCGCUCCUAAAUACAGCGCUUUUAGCUGAUGCUCCCAACAGGCUUGCAAUAGGCUAGCGAUAUGGGGCAUAGCACUACCCAUGCAAAGAAAUGGCUAUUUUUACACCCAUUAACAACAAGCUCAAAGUAGCUCCACACUUCACAGGUAGAACUCUGUGGGCCCUGACAUCUAAAAACUUUGAAAGUGCACAGGUUAUUAAAAAGCACUGUUUAUACACACAGUACCGCUAGUUCAGCUAGUUCUCCGAGCAUCACCAUCUUGAAAUUUAUGAUAAGUCGCCUGGACAUGUCUGAUAGUAUAAAGAUAUUUUCGGCCACAGCUGGAUUUCAUACAUACAUUUUGCAAACUCAUCAACAGAUCCAGAUUAAAGAAACCAACUACAGAUUUGAAAACGCCCCUUGUUUUAAUCACGGCGUCCAGAGCAAUAUCUGGUGUUCCCAAAGCUCCAUUUCUAAACAUUAUUGUCUAGUCGGCAGAACUGAGCACUCACAAAGUAAAUAAAAGAGUUUAGUUAAGAGUCUGCAGUGUGGAAAUAUUUAACUGUGGAUCAUAAAAAAAACAUCCCAUAAUAUUUGAAACUAUACAAAACUAUUACCCAAUUGCUUUGGUUUUAUCAACACAUGCCUUU